GGGUCGGGCACCUGCCACACAGCAAGUUUAGCCAUCAUCAUUGUACGCUGUGUGGAGCUCAGCUUCCAGACUGCCCUUAGCCUAAUUCUGCUGGAGUUGAGAUCUGGAAGGGGACAUGAACAGUUUCCUGAGGAACAACUGGCCACACUUGGGCCAGCCAUCACCUCUGGCCAUGCGGGACCUGCUCCAGCUGCCUCAGGACAUAGCCCAGGGCUGCUACUACCUGAAAGAAAAUCACUUCAUCCACAGGGACAUCUCUGCCAGGACUGCCUGCUGAGCUGCACUGUGCUCAGCCCAGUCAGUAGUCAAUACUGGGGACUUCAGGAUGGCGAGAGAUAUCUGCAGAUAUGGUGUCUGGGGACGUGGGCCAGUUAUUACAAGGAGGGCCGGGUUCUGCUGCCUGUCAAGUGGAUGCCUGCAGAGGCCUUCCUGAUGAUCUGCACAUCCAAGACAGACUCCUGGUCUUUUGGGGUCCUGCUCUGGGAAGUCUUCUCAUUUGGCUACAUGCCCAACCCUGGGUGCACCAACCAGGACAAGCUGUACUUCGUCAUUGGAUGGGGACUGAUGGGCCCUCGCUGGAACUGUCCAGGGCCUGUAUACUGUGUCAUGACCCAGUGUUGGCAGCACCAGCCUGAACUCUGCCCCCAUUGUGCCAGCAUCUUGGAGCAUUUUCAGUACUGCAUUCAGGACCCUGAUGUGAAUUUAUUCCUGCCAAUGGAGCCAUGGCCCACUCUGGAGAAGGAAAAGGCUUCUGGGCUGGGGAGCAGGUCUUUGGAGAGCCUGAGAUCCCCACAAGCCCAGGAACUGAGUCUGGAGAGCUUAAAGAGCUGGGAAGGGAGCCUCCUUGGCCCCUGGCUACUUUCUAGUUCUAGGGACCUCCAACCUCAGAACCUUUGGAAUACCCCCUUUGGCUCUUGGGCCCCAAGGACUCAGGCAUUGAUGAUAGCAAUGAUUCCUCCCUGCGCUUUCCUUGGGCUUCUAGGUAGCUUGUUAUUCCAGUAGCCUCUGUCUCUUGCAGUCUGUACUGCGUGUCUAGGCCUGUCUCAGAGCUGGCCAGGCACCAGUGGACACCCCAUCCUGGAAACCAGCCCAGGCUUCUUGGAGAAGAGCUUGGACACUCCCAGCCUUUGAUCUUUGGGACCAGAGGUUGAAAUUGCCUCCCUCAGGAAGCCUUCUCUGGAUUACCCUUUCCCCCCUCCAUGAGUGUCUUUAAUCUGGGCAGCCCUCAACCCUACAGACGUCUCUAAUAAAGAGCUCUUCUUCUACUCUCCA